CAAGUGUUUUGAAAUCUACCUGUAAACCCUGCAAACUACACUUGCAAGUGUAUGAGCGUGAGAUUACACAAAAGUGAGAGUAAAAACGAGAGUUAUCUUCGUACAGCGCUAGUCCAUCCAGCUUGCCCUUGUGUUCAGUACGCCACGUGUUACCGCGUUUGCAACAAGUAUAGUGCCCGGUGGGUCGUACUAAUUGAGCUGGCACUUGCGAGGAGCGGAAUGUUGAAAAUAGUUGUUUACGUUGAACGUGCAGCAAUCGUGAAUUUAAUCGAGAAUUUUGCAGUCUUUCAUUGAUAGUUGUAAUGCGGGCUGCCGUGUGAAAUUAAUGAAUAUAAGUUUUGAAACUGGUGUAUUUGCGGAGUAAACGUCGAUCGAAGUGAUGAGUGGUUGAUUGAUCUUUGACGAUUUCAAGUGCCUGGAAAUUCUGAAAGAAUGGUAGCUGCACAUCAAGAAGCUGUUAUGAGAAGAUACAGGUUUUUUAGUAUCCAAGAGAGUGUUGAAGUACAAACAAAGAUCUACAUCCAUCUAAAGUAUGUUAAUUAAUGACGAGCCGGAACUUACAACGAACAGGAAUCAAACACAUUUCAAGACAACUACUGGAAACGAAUGAGACGUGUUCCGCUGACCUCUCAACCAGCUGGACAUUGAGCUAAACAAAUUAUAGAACACAGCUACGUUCCACCAUGUGGCCAAACUGACCAAAAGCAGCGGCUAGCGAACAAAACGUGCAGCAGAGCAGUUUUCAGCAUAAACUGGCUUCAUCGUAAGUUCGAGAGACCAGUUGAAUGCUUUCUAUGAGCUGCUCCAAUCACAAGAAUUGGGUUUCGCAGGAAGUAUGAGCACUUCGUUAAAGAACAUGCCAUACGAGUUGCUUGAAAUUUUGACAACGGACAACGAGAGCAUACUUUCCGAUGGAGUUGAAAGUUUGACCGAAAUGUAUGGGCCGAAGCGGGAUCCACUAUACGUGGUAAUACCGAUCACCAUCAUCUACCUACUGAUUUUCAUCACCGGUGUAGUCGGCAACAUUAGCACAUGCAUCGUGAUCGCGCGCAAUCGCUCGAUGCACACCGCCACCAACUAUUAUUUGUUCAGUUUAGCCGUAUCGGACUUUCUGCUGCUGGUGUCAGGAGUGCCGCAGGAAAUAUACUUCAUCUGGAGCAAGUACCCGUACGUGUUUGGCGAAACGUUCUGUGUGUUGCGUGGCAUCGCCGCAGAAAUGUCUGCUAAUGCCACCGUGCUAACAAUCACCGCGUUUACAAUCGAGCGCUACUUUGCUAUCUGUCACCCAUUUCUUUCACACACCAUGUCGAAGCUCAGCCGGGCGGUGCGUUUCAUCUGUGUGAUUUGGCUCAUUGCGAUCGUUUCGGCUAUACCGCAAGCGUUACAGUUUGGCGUCACCAACCAAGGUGGAAUCGACCAAUGUGUGGUGAAACGCAUCAUAAUUCAGCACUCUUUUGAACUCUCUACAUUCUUGUUCUUCUUUGCUCCGAUGACGAUGAUCACCAUACUGUAUGCGUUGAUUGGGUUGAAGCUGCGCACCUCCACGCUGAUGCAGCGCGAUGGCACAUUGCAGCGACGAACCCAGCCCAGCCCACGCCAAUCGUUUGCCAAUAGUCAAGGCAGUCGCCGUGUCCUGAAAAUGCUCGUGGCUGUGGUUGUGGCUUUUUUUAUUUGCUGGGCACCGUUCCACGCACAGCGGCUCGUUUAUAUUUACGGAGUUAAUACGAAUCAUCAGCCCUCCGACCCCUUAAUACUGAAGCUGUUCAUCAUCACAACCUACAUAUCCGGUAUCCUAUACUAUCUAUCAACGUGUAUAAACCCUCUACUGUAUAACAUUAUGAGCAACAAAUUCCGACAAGCAUUCAAGAAUAUGCUGACUGUAAGAUCCGCCAGAAAACCUCCGUGGCAGACAUCCUACGGAGCCAGCCCACCCCACGGCUCAACCUGGACUGGUUGACUAUAUAUGAAUGUGGCAUUAGGGCCGACAAAAACAUCGCCUCGAUACCCCUCACAGGUCGCUGGUAUUUGAUGGAAUGUGCCUUUGACACCAGAACUAACCAAAGGAAGAUACGCGAAAGAAUUCCUGAGUGAGGCCAAGCCCUCUCUCAACCAUGCCAACAACAACAACCGACCGAGAAGAAUGAUUGCGGCGUCCGCAAUUAGCAUGUCCGCAUUUAGACCCGUCAGAACAUGAAGAACUGCUGGCGAAUGAAGAUUUUUUCCCAACCACGUUACAGGGGAUUGGAAAAUGCAAAAAGGAAGUUCGAUACUCGAACCGAUUGUACCGUUAUGCACAAGGUUCUAGCUGGGCGGUGAUCUAAAGCCUGAAGUAUUCUUCGACGCAUAGCUGAAACGAUCAAAGACUACAUAUGUUAUCGCUGAUACAAACAGCAGAGCGACAUCAGCAGCAUGGAUGCUGACGACUAAAUUUACCGUCAUCUCUGGAUAAGGUUGCUAGUGCUAACAGACAUUUGAAGAGCAGUGAUAGAGUGAUGGCUCUUCAAGAUAGGCUUACUGGUUUGAUGCAACAUCAGAUCAGCAGAAAGAUCUUGAGAAAAAGUGUAUACGAUAAAAAUAUAUAAACAACGAUAGCUGUGUAGAGUUUUGCAAUCUUUAAAAAUGUUGCAAGUGUUGUUGGCAGGUUUUCCAAAAUUAUUGUAACCGGUUAUAGAAAUAGUCGACAAAGUACGGCUUGCAAUCCGUAUGCAGCUCUUUCACUCUCGGAUUAUGUCACUUAUUAACAAGUAAGAUAGUUUGAUGUUCAUACAAUGAUUCUUUUUUGAGUCACUUGAGAAUUAGAAACAAACACAUGAACACAAGUCCAAGCUGUUAAGCAGUUUACAAAAUCCAAAAAUAUCUAUAAUCGGUUUUGCCAGAAAGUAAUUAUUCUAGAUUUUAUAAAACAUUUCUUAAGACUCUCAGGCCAAUCAGCCUGCGACAUUUCAUACAAAAUCUCUCGGGUAUUCAUUUAGUUCAUUUUUGUAUCGUUUGAAGAGUUCCGUUAUCGUAUAAAUAAUCGUCGGCAGUAUCGAGUCGAUGAACUUCAAAAUGGUGUCGUAUAUCCCGAACGGCUAGUCAAAUUGGACAAAUUUUCUGACAAACAGCUCAAAUUGAUAGACACGCGUAAAUUAAACCAUUCCAAGAAUUUAAGCCGCUGUCUAUGUUCAUAAAUUGCCUUUAACACUAGUUUGACAACACUCUAAUCUAUUGAUUUUCCUAUUGAUGAGACUUCCAUGUCAACAAAAAUAUGGAAACCAUCAAUUAAAAAAAAUGUUGCUCACAUCUACUUCGCCCGUCGGUGAAACAAGAACAAAAAGUCGACAUAGCCCUUUUUGACUUGAUCGGCAAACACGAAACCAAAUAUACUGUUGUUUGUUGUAAGCAGCUAACUUUUGAUAGGCUAAUUGUGAACCAGUAGAAUAAACAGGAAAGGCUUAACAAGUUACCUGAUCCAUUCAAUAUUAACGAAAAGCGUAAAUUGGUAGAUUUUUUGAAUUUCAACAACUGUUUAUGUUUUUAAAAACUCUUAGUACUAGUUUAUUGGUAUUCUCUGUUUAGAAUAAUAAUGUUGAGCCUUUACAAAACUGUUUGCAGGCUAUUUUGAGAGUUAUGUGUAAGUAGUGUAAGUAGAAUAAGUAAAAGAUGAAUUGUAAAAGUUAUUGAUUUCAUUAGCAAUAAAGACAUUGAAGCAAAACGAGCUAUCGAAUCAUUGGUCCUUCGAAACGGAUAUUUAUCCAAAUCCUAAAAAGUUUACAUUUCUGGUAUUAAGAUUUUCUAAUCAGUAGAGAUACUAGAUUGACCAUCGUAAUCCUUAUGAAAAACGUAUUUUACCUAAACGGAAGGAUAUAUUCGGUCAUACCGGCCCAAACAUACUUCCAAGACUUAUGAGCACCCAACCCGAUACUUCAUCUUUGCUACGGAAUCGAUCCCGCCCAGUGCCACCACUAAUUCGACAUGGACUUGGAAUUGAAUGAAUAACAUUACACCCAAGCCUCUAUUACAGUAUUCAAAACUCUAGCUACAGUAUUCAAAUGCGUCAAGUGCUCUGAAUUGCAGUGCUGCAAACUAAAUAAAAUUAUAUUGAGAUUUGCUAUUUACAAGGGGUUUUUUCAUUGGAUAUGAGCUUUAUGAGAACUCUAUCAAAACCUUCUUACACAAUUUCCUUACAAUUUUAACUUGCCUAUCAUAUCUCACUAUCACAAACUAUUAGUUAAAGAUGGAGCUGAUGAACCGGAUGACGAGGUGACAAACCGUUAUAAGAAAAUCUAUAGUUGUCAGAAGCGACCAUCCGUAGAAUAGUCCAAUCAAACCGCCGAACGCAACUGUAGCCCGAAAGAGAGGUUAUGGAAAACACAAGAUAUGUAAUUAAAUCAUUUACCUGAGAUUGAAAUAUCAUGAGUUGCAAACCCAGAACCAUUUGUUCGAGAACUAUUAUUUUCCGAACUAAUUACUUACUGAACAGAUCCAUUUCCGUCUUGACAAUGUUGCGCACGAAUCUUUCGUAAGGUAACGAUAAAAGUCGAACUAUAACCAAGCCUUCCUCCUCUUCAUUUUCCG